GCACCUUCUUACCUCUUCUUGUCACGCGUGCUAAGCUGCGAGAAGCGCAACACCAAGCACGAUGGCCGAGAAAAUCAACGACGUCAACCAACAUGUUGACCACAAUUCCGACUCGAACGACGAGAAGAGCGGUCACUAUGGCCACGAUCAGCCAGAACGCCGGGCAUCUGUCGCGCUGAACAUUGUCGAGAAUCCGCUGAAGCGCGGUACCUCCGAACAGACUGCGGCCAAGGCCCGCGAGUUUUGCCAAAUGGCCGGCAUGCCCGAGCACGCCGAUUUGUUUGGGAAAGCAGCACUCGUCGCACGCGAUCCCGACGCUUUCGAAGCACUGCCAGGGCUGAGCGAGGAGGAGCGGGCGGCCCUCAUAUACGAGAGAGAUCACAAAUGGCAUGGACCCAAGAUGCUCUGGUACUCGAUUGGACUGUGCGCUAUCGGAGCUGCCACUCAGGGUUGGGAUCAGACUGGGUCAAACGGAGCCAACCUGAGCUUUCCUACGGAGUUCGGCAUAGACAGCAACAGGGGAAAGGAUGUUUGGAUUGUUGGUGCCAUCAACUCCAUCAUCUUCUUGACUGCCGGUCUGAUCGGUGCCUUCAUUGUCGAUCCUCUGAACAAAUACCUCGGACGAAGGGGUGAGAUCUUUCUCACUGCCGCUUGCUUGACCGCGACCCCGAUCGGAUCUGGCUUCGCUCAGUCGUGGCAAGGGCUUUUCGCUGCACGUUUCGUCAUGGGUAUUGGAAUCGGUGCGAAGAACGCCACUGUCCCGAUCUAUUCUGCUGAGAUGGCGCCCGCCCGUGUUCGUGGAGCUCUUGUCAUGUUUUGGCAGCUCUGGGUCGUCGCUGGUAUCUUCCUCGGUUUCUGCGCCAAUGUUAUCGUCAAGGAUGUUCCCAGAAUCGCAUGGCGCUUGCAGCUGGGUUCCGCCUUCAUCCCAUCUCUGAUUCUCAUGAUCGGCAUUUACUUCUGUCCGGAGUCUCCUCGUUGGCUAAUGAAGCAAGGCAAGCUCGCCAAGGGCUUCCAGUCCAUGGCUAAACUUCGCGCGCAUCCGAUUAUAGGUGCACGAGAUUUCUACUAUUCCUAUGUUCUUUAUCAGGAGGAGCUGGCCAUUUCCGGCGACUCGACAUACUUCACUCGUCUGCGGGACUGUUUCACUGUCCCUAGAAUCAGGCGAUCGAACUACGGCGCUUCGACAGUCAUGCUUGCGCAGCAGAUGUGCGGAAUCAACAUCAUUUCUUUCUACAGUUCGACUAUCUUCACGGAGGCCGGUUUCACCAGUGACCAAGCACUCUACGCAUCGCUGGGCUACGGCGCAAUCCAGGUCGUAGCAACAAUUCCGACCCUCUUCCUCAUUGACACCAAAGGUCGACGAACACUGACAUUGGCUACCUUCCCUUUCAUGUGCAUCUUCUUGCUCGCGGCAGGACUCGCAACACUCAAAGAGGUUCCAACCGAAGUCAUCGACGGAGUGACAGUGGCACUCGACAAAGGACAAGCGUCGCGGGCCGUGGCUCCGAUUGUGCUGUUCAUCUAUUUAUUCACAAUUGCCUACUCGCUCGGAGAAGGUCCAGUGGCCUUCCAGUACUCCGCUGAGGUUUUCCCGACCAUCCACCGUGAGCAGGGCAUGGCUUUCGCUGUGUGCAUCAACAACACCUUUGCUGGUGUUCUCAGUUUGACAUUCCCCGCUAUGGUCGAGAAGAUGGGUCAGGUCGGAGCCUUCGGCUUCUAUGCCGGUCUCAAUCUGAUUGCUUGGGGCAUGAUCUUCUGCUUCGUAAGAGAGACGAAGCAACUGACCUUGGAGGAAAUCGACCAGGUGUUCUCCAUCCCGACCAAGGAAUUCCUGGCGUACGAGACCAAGACGUGGCUCCCAUACUUCAUGCGACGCCACGUUCUUCGCAAGAACAUCGAGAAGCCAGCGCCGCUUAUCGAGUGGGCUGAGAAGUCCCCUGCUGGUUCCGAUCCUCAUCAGGCAUACUCCACGAGCAAGUCGGUCUAG